AUGAGUUUAGUUGAGGAGCUUGAAUUGAACAGCGCGGAUGCAGCUGAGCCAAGCAUCAUCGAACCAACAGAAGAUUUCAAUGAAAUUGAACCGACGACCGAGGAGUUUUCAACAUUGGAACAUAUUGCUGAUAAGAUACCGUUAGGUGCCUGGUUGAUUGUCGUUUGCGAAUUGUGUGAACGUUUCGCUUUUUAUGGACUUUCUGGUCUCUUUCAAAAUUACAUUCAAUUUCCGUUACCUACUGGAAAUGAUACACAACCAGGUGCACUCGAUCGAGGACAACAGACUGCCACUGCAUUGACGAAUUUUUUUCGAUUCUUUGCUUAUCUCACGCCGAUUCUUGGAGCUAUUCUAGCCGAUCAAUUCUGGGGCAAAUACAAGACUAUAGUUGUUUCAUGUGUGGUCUAUAUGAUUGGUCUUGUCGUAAUACUGCUGACCAGUAUACCGCCAGCUAUUCAGAAAGGCGUCGCCUUUCCUGGUUUAAUCGUAGCAAUGAUUAUAAUUGGUUUCGGUACCGGUGGUGUGAAGAGUAAUGUGAGUCCAUUGAUGGCUGAGCAAUAUUCUAGAAAGAAAGCAAUUAUCACAGUAAUUAACGGCCAAAAGAAAAUUAUCGAUCCAAGCGUAACGACACAAUCAAUGUUCAAUUGGUUCUAUUGGGCAAUUAAUAUAGGAGCACUAUCAUUGAUUGUUACAACAAAUGUUGAAAAGUAUCAUUCAUUCUGGCUUGCUUUUCUUAUACCCACAGUUGCAUUCGUCGGUGCCAUCGUUGUCUUGGUCAUCGGUCGCGAUCGAUACGUUCAAAUACCUCCCUCUGGUUCAUUGCUCGUUCGCGCUGGUAGCGUUACAGUGACCGCCAUCCGAAUGCGAUGGAAAUUGGGCAAACAAUCCGAUCGUCCAGAUCUUUUAGAUUAUGCCAAAAAAAUACCAGGUUCGAUCGAUCAUAAUGAAGAACAAACGGCGAUAGAAUUACGCGACAAUCAGUUUAUUGAUGAUCUUAAAAAAGCAAUUAGGGCCUGCCGUGUUUUUCUUUUCUAUCCGUUUUAUUGGAUCUGUUACAAUCAGUUUGGAAGCAAUUUAGUAUCGCAAGCAGCGCAAAUGAAUGUUGGCCCUCUGCCCAAUGAUAUUUUGCAAAAUAUUGAUCCGAUCGUUAUAGUUAUUUUCAUUCCCAUCUUCGACAAAUUCAUCUAUCCUGGCUUGCGACGAUGUAAAAUCAGUUUUACGGCUAUUCCCCGUAUCAGUGCGGGUUUCUUUUGUGUUUCUAUUGGUAUGGCAUGGUCAGCCAUUGUUCAACAUCUAAUCUAUAUUACUGGUCCGAAUUUCGACUAUGUGCCUGAGCCUGAUAAGAAUGAUCAACAAUACAACAAUAUUACAGUAGCCUGGCAAAUUCCAGCAUAUUUUUUUAUUGCCAUCUCUGAAAUUUUUGCUUCCGUUACUGGUCUUGAGUAUGCAUUUACUCAGGCACCAGCUACGAUGAAAUCCAUUGUCAUGUCACUUUUUCUAUUCACAUCGGCCAUCGGUAGUAUUCUGAAUAUUGCACUUGUACCAGUGUCAGACGACCCGAAAAUACUGUGGAUGUAUGCAGCACUAGCAAUCCAGGCACUCUUGGUCGCACAAUCACAAUCUGGCACAGACAAAACAGCUGCUUUUUCAUUAGUAAUUCUGUCACGUAUUGACUCAUCGAUCCCAUCAAUGAAAGCACUUAUUCUUGCACCAACAUCUAAAUUAGCUAUACAAAUUAGCUCAGCAAUUGAAAAAAUGGCACAAUUUUACUAUAUAUUAAAAUUGCUUAUGCUGUAUAUUAAUAUAACAACUAGUAUUGUUCUUAGUCAAUUUAUAACAGAAUCAAUUGGUAUUGGUACACAAGGUACAGUUAAAGGUUGGUCUUGUCUACAGCAUGGAAUAGAUUUAAGUAAAGUACGUAUAUGUUGUGUUGGUGAAGCUGAUGUUAUAAUGUUAACUUAUGGCUUUGAAAAAGUAUGUGUUCAUCUUGUACGAAGUGCUAAUUCUUCCGUUUGUCGCAUGAUAUUAUUUCCAGCUAAAUAUUUUGAUGAAGGUAAUGUAUUUGCACGUGAAAUUGUUAAAGAUCAAAUUGUUUUAAGAUUAAAAGAUGAAAAACAAACAUUGCGUAAUAUAACACAAUUUUUUAUACGUUGUUAUGAUCAACAACAAAAUAUAUAA